CAUUCUCGGUUCCCCUGAGUGGUUUCCAGUGUGUGACUAAGAGAGACCUGCUGCUUCCGGGAUGGAGGAGAAGAAGAAGAAGAAAAGUCCCAAAGCUCACCUAGCUCAACCAGUUCCAGCCAGUGCUCUCCGCAAGCUGCCAGUCCCGUCUAGCAAGAGCACCUCUUUCUCCCUGGCGAUGCCUCAUCUCCCUUCGCCAAAGCAAAGAGCCAAGUUCAAGAGAGCAAACAAGGAGAAGCCCCGAGCUCCCCAGCCCGGAGGCAGUGCUGCCACAGCAGCUGUGGGGACCCCUCUGCAGCACUCGUUCCUGACCGACGUCUCGGAUGUGUAUGAGAUGGAGGGGGGCCUCCUGAACCUCCUGAACGACUUCCAUUCGGGAAAGCUGCAGGCUUUUGGGAAGGAAUGUUCCUUUGAGCAGCUGGAACACGUUCGAGAGAUGCAGGAGAAGUUGGCUCGCCUGCAUUUCAGCCUGGAUGUCUACGUGGAGGAACUUGCCGAGGACCAGAAGAAGACGGUGGCCGACAGGAACCUGGAUCAGCUGCUGACAAAUCUGGAAGAACUCAGCAACUCCAUACAAAAGCUCCACCUGGCAGAAAACCCUGACUUGGAGGAUGCGUCCACAGUCUAGAACAAGGAGGAGGAGGAGGCUGCCUGGUUUUUCUCUUGACUUUUCAUUAAGAAGCCUCAAAAAGAAAAACAAAGGAAGCAAAGAAGAAGCUGCGGAGCUGAGCAAAGAAGACCCUCGUGCAGAACUACUUCUGGACUGUACACGGAAAGGAUAAGUUAGAUGAAGCCUGGUGGAAAAGGAUACGACUCCUGGGUGUCAGUGCCCUGGGGACACCCUGCAGAUGCAGCCUGGAAGCCAGCCCCCAGCGGAGACUCCUGUGCCCCACGCCCAACAGAGGGCAGAGAGCUCCACUGCAGGGCCCUGGGUGAUGUGGCAAGGGAUGCUGGGGGAGCCCUCUUGGGCCAUGCAGAGCAAAAUGUCCUGUGCCAACACAGAGAGAUGCAGGCUCUAGGGCUUCGCUGCCUGCAGACAGUCCUUAAAACCAGGAUCUGCUGUCCCCCCCCCUACAGCUCCAGACCAGUUUGCACACAUGCCAUGUGUGUACACACACAGUUUGACAGGCAGAAGGCCAGCAAAUUGAAUGGUGAUGUAUUCCAUCAGUCUUGCCGCUUCUGCCAAGAGUUGUCUGCCUCCAGUUUUAAUAUGUUUUUUUUUUCAGCAUAGCAUGAAUGCUCAUUUUCAUGACUAUUUGUUUGGUGCCCCAUCAACAUUUUUUUUAAAUGCCAACUGUUUAAUAGGAAACUGCUCCUGGGGUUUCCCAGGGAAGGCCAAAUUUAUCAGAAUUUCAGUUGAAUUCUAAUUAUACACUGUUUUCCAUAACCACAUUUUUGCAAGCAAUUUUCCCUAAUGCAUUUUUGUAUGUUAUUUUCAUUAAUGUAUGCAUUUUAUGCACACUUUCCCCUAACAUACACAUUUUAAAAACAUUAUUUGGUUGGAGAACUCUGUUAGACUUCAGAGGAGUGCGAAUUUUGAAGAAUAGCUGUAUAUUUAUUUACACAUUGUUUUAAUAAGCACAACUUGCGGAGUUCUGCAUUAAAAUGCAAUCCAGACCCAAAUUUAUCCCCCAGGCCUAUUUGUAGAGAGCUGGUGUAGUGUAGUGGCUUAAGAGACUGACUAUGAAUCAAGAAGUGUCCAGUUUGAAUCUUGCCUCUGCCACAAACUGACUAGUUGUCCUUAGUCACUUUCUCUUGGCUUCAGUACCCCCUUCUGCAAUACGGAGUACAGUAUGAUAAUAUCUUACAGAGCUGUUGCUAAGCUUUACAGCUAGAGAGAGUACAUGUGAAGGUGCUAUAUGAAUGUUAAGUGUUGUUAUUUUUAUUAUCCUCAUCGUUGGUAUCAUCCAAUCCUUGGUCUGCGUGUUUCAUUUCUGCCACGAAAAGGAGGACCCAGUUCCCCGAUACCAGAUUUGAAGGACAGGUUGUGGAACUGUUCAGGGAACCACUGUCACUUGAGGAGGGGAAGUUUCCUGGCUCCUGCCAGGUGAACUUCUGCACUCUCUCUAUUCAGGAUGUAGCUGCCCCUUGCAACUGCACACAAACAGCUGAUGUGCUAGAGGUGUAGAAAUACUAUUCCUGGGGUACCUCCUUUCUCUUCCCUGGGGCUUAUCCCUCAUUUCUUGCCCCCGCUCCUGCCCCCACAACCCAGCCCUAGGAAUCCCCAGACAGGCCUAAUCCAAGACUAUGCUAGGUUACCCCUACAUCACAUGUAGGGGCUCUGGCGGUUGUUCCAAGGCAACAAAAUGGAGAUGCAAAACUUUCCCAGUGUUAACAACUUGGGGAAUCUAAUUAGGGUGAACAUUUGCUCAAUCAGAACCUAGUGAGACAGUAAUGCAUAACGAGUGAUAAAAGACUCAAGAUUAUACAUGAAAUGAAGGUAUAUUAUUCAUUUGCUUCAUUUAAGGUAUAUUAUUCAUAUAGAUAACUGUGGCAUUUGAAGAAAUGUAAUAUUGCAGUAUAGUACUGUUAGAACUUAAUAUGGAUAUCGCCUCCAGAUGGCCUCUACAUUGGGCAUGAUUUGCCUACACAAUGUUUAUGUGGAGGUGAUAUGGUGUCUGGUUUUUAUUGAGCAAACAUUCUGAUUUGUUUUCAGGGAUGUUAUACGACAAUGGACAUUCCUUGUGAUUGCAUUGCUUGAGUGAUGGUGUUAUGCCUUCCUUUUAAUCAGUUGUUUAUCCCACACUUUUCAGUGCAUUUUUAGUGCAUCACUUUCUUAACUGCAGAAAGCUCUUUUUUUUUUUUAAGUGGCUUUGUUGUGCCGAGCAAACCUAGGUUUCCAGAAAAUUUAGCCUCCUGACUUGGAGC